ACGAAAGUUCAAUUCCAUAAUAUUAUACUCGUUUCGUAUUCCCUCUUCCUUCGCUUGCAAGAUCCAAUUCUCUUUUUCUUCUCCUUCUUUGUAACAAAGCACAAACCAAAACUUCUUUAGUGCUUUGAUUUUAAAAGAUCACUGAUUACUGAUUAGAGUCCCCACAAUCCCUUCAAGCAUGUUGCAUAAAAGCUUCAAGCCAGCGAAGUGCAAAACGGCAUUGAAGCUCGCCGUUUCACGGAUAAAACUUUUGAAGAAUAAGAGAGAAGCUCAGGUGAAGCAACACAAGAGGGAGUUGGCUCAAUUGCUUCAGUCUGGUCAGGACCAGACUGCUAGAAUCCGGGUUGAACAUGUUGUAAGGGAAGAGAAGACCAUGGCAGCUUAUGAUCUUGUUGAGAUAUACUGUGAACUUAUCGCAGCACGCUUGCCCAUGAUUGAAUCACAAAAAAAUUGCCCCAUCGAUUUGAAGGAAGCAGUCUCAAGUGUAAUAUUUGCAUCUCCAAGAUGUUCAGACAUACCUGAGCUCAUGGAUGUCAGGAAGCUUUUCACGUCUAAGUAUGGAAAAGAAUUUGUCUCAGCUGCUGUUGAAUUACGCCCUGACUGUGGUGUGAAUCGCUUGGCAAGUUUCUCUACCUGCUUGAAGUUGGAUAGGAGCAUGUCAAAGCUCACUUUUUUUUCUUCUAAUUUAAUGUUGUCUUUUCAGUUGGUUGAGAAAUUGUCUGCCAAAGCACCCGACGGUCCGACCAAGAUAAAAAUACUGGCUGCAAUUGCCGAGGAGCAUAAUAUCAAAUGGGAACCCAAAUCAUUUGGAGAAAAUGAUGCGAAGUUUUCUCAAGAUUUGUUGGUUGGGCCAAGUACAUUUGAGAAGGCUACUUCCGUGGAACCUUCUCAAGUCCAUGUUCCACCUGUUCAUGAUGAAAAGGGUCCUCCUAAUUUACAUGCUUCCGUGCAACUUAAACCAAUGCAUGAUGCAUCUACAAAUUCAUAUGAGCAGAAUGCAAGUGGUUCUGCUAGAAAGGCCGGUGGAAAACAGUCAACAACAGCAGGCAUGUCUAAUCCAGAAAUCAGAUCUUCAGGAACUGGAAGUCAAGAAAUGGAUUUUAGAGAUCCAUAUUCUGAAAACAGGAGUGAUUUUCCUAUGGGUAGGCAGAAUAGGAAAAUGGAAUUCAAGGAUGCUGCCUCUGCUGCGCAGGCAGCUGCAGAAUCUGCAGAACGUGCAAGCAUGGCUGCAAGAGCAGCUGCUGAACUUGCUGAACUUUCAAACCGUGAAAACAUGACGAGGCAGUAUUCAAGUGGAUCACAUAGUUCUUCUGGCGGCGGGUUAACAGAUGAAGUACCUCAAGAAUAUGCUUUUCAUGAUGAAAAGCAUCUUUCUACAGGUUCUGUUUAUAGCACUUUCCAUAGAGGCAGGCCUGGGAUGCACAAUGAACAAAUUAGUGCCAGAGAACAGCAUAACCUGGUAGGAACGCCCAAUGAAUAUUACAGGAAUAGUCAUGAGAAUGGGGGUAAACAUGCCCAGUCAGCUUCAUUGAUGUCGGGUAGUUCUUUUGGUGAUGAGAAACCACUUACCAAGAGUUCCCAAAUGGCUGAUAUAUAUCAGCAUAAUAACUCAUUUGAGCAAGAGAAUAGUUACUUGCAUGAAGUGAGCAUGAAAAAGCAAGCAAGCAGAACUGAAGAAGAUUUCGUGACCGAACUGCAUGGUGAUGGUGAUUUGAAUUCCGAAAACAAUUAUCACUUUGGAGAUGCAUGGACAAACAGACAAUCUAGAAGAGCUUCUUCGUCUCAUCUCAUUACUCCAAAUGAUGAUCACAAUGAUAAUUUGACCUCGAAUGAUUGGAAGAUGGGGAACAAAGCUGCGGAAGACCUUUUUGUUACUGAUGAAGUAAACACUCAGAGAAACACUGUGGAAACAAGUUCUUAUAAUGACACUUCUGUUUUAUUUGAUGAUUCUGGAUCAGAGGAGGAUGAUUAUAAAUUUGAUGUUGAUAAAAAAUACAAGGCUGAGGGAUCUGGUUUGUUUGUCUCUUCUCCUGGUGGCAAAUCACAAGUUGAUACAUUCGAAAAUAAAAAUUCUUGGAACCAUGGACAAAACAUUGACAAGAAAGAGACAAGUUCCAGUACACAGUCUCAUUUUUCUGUGGUUUCUGAAAGAUUGAAUAAGUCUGCAGUUUCUUCUGAAAAAGAAGACUCAUUGGGUGUCACUUUUGAUGAUUCGGAUGACCAAGGUUCAGAUAGUGAGUUGGAUUUGGUUAAGUCUGAUGUUUCUGGGACCUUUAAUUAUGGGAAUUCUGUCCUUGAUCAGAUUGCAAACCAUGGGGCUCUGGGGUCCUCAUCAAGAAAUGAUAAAAAUGUGGGUACUGACACAAAGUCUUGGUUGUCACCAUCUCCAGUUGGUUCAAAUAUCGUGGAAGAACAUUCUGAGAGAAAGGUAGACGACAAUACUGUGUCAGAAAAGAAUUUUGGCUAUGAUGAUUCGCCAAGCAGUCGGUCAUCUUCAAAAGGAAGAAACUCUAUAUUAGGUUUGGAUCUGAAGGCAAACAUCCAUGCACCGCAGUCACCUGAUACUUUGAAUGAUACUGAAGCUUUGGAGGAAUCUCGUAUAGAAAGUGGUAAGGAAUUAAACUAUGGAACUUUGAAGGGUGGUUUUCGUAAUAAAGGUUAUAGGCGACCACCUUAUAUUAAGAAUACAUUGGAUGAGGUUUCAUCUUCAUUGGGGGACAUUUCAGUCCAGAAUGAAACAUCUUUGCCUUCGGUGAGGACUUCAAUCACUUCUGAUGCUCCUGUUCAGGACAAAUACACGAGGGAAGUGAGCAGAGGAAAUAGAAAUGUUGGCUUGAGAGCAAACAACAGAGCUUCUGAUUCUGAUAGUUAUGAUCUGGUUGCAAGCUCAGAGGAGAUUGUUACUAGUACUCAUGAACCUCGCAUUCAGAAAAAGCAAAGUGAAGCAAAAAAGAAAUCAGUUACAUACUUUGAUUCUGAUAAUAGUGAUUCUGAGGAUGGACAUCCUAAACAAAAUUCAGCUAUUCUGGCCCGUCCUGUUGGUGGAAUAUCUCGAAGGACAUCAGCUUCUUCAAAAACUGGUACGGGUUUGAGUUCGAAGGAUGCUCCUGUGACUCGUGGUGCAGGACUUGGAUGGAAAUCUUCAGGGGUUUCUUUUGAGAGUAAGAAUCAACAGGCCUCAUCCACAAUGAAGAGCUCUGAAAAUUGGGCAGGUUCUAAUCCUGGAUCAGCAGAAAAGGAAGCAUCUAAGCCAAUUUCAGAACCAAAUAGAUCCUUGAAUGAGGAAAUUAGGAAAUCAUCUGCAAGGGUGCAACCUUCAAGUUCUCUUCCUGAAACAGUGAUACAAGAUAGUGAAGUGGGCCAAGAGGCUUCAAAAUCUUCAAAUUCUGAUGUAGAUACUCCAUCUAAGCAGACGGCUGGUCACGUUCAUCCAAAGUUACCUGACUAUGAUUCCUUUGCUGCACACUUCAUGUCUCUCAAAAAGGGUCGUCAAUAAAUUUCACUUGCUUGUGCAUAACAACAUGGCUUCUCGUAAUUAGUCUUAGUGGCUUAUCUUUCUUUUACAGGCUGUAUUGUUACAUAUAGAUGCGUGAUUUAAUAUUCAAAUUACAUGAGGAAUAAAGAUGCUACAUGAUUUAUUUAUUUUUUUUUAUUUUUUUGAGUCGAGGUAUAGGUUUUACUAUCUCAUUUUUGGUACAUCCUUAUUUCAGGACUGCUACAAAUAGAUGAAUAUUUCGUGUUGUAUAUAUUCAUUUGUACACUUUAUUUAUCACUUUAGUUAUAUGUUGGCAGGAUUAUUUCAGAAGUAAA